CUGGGCAGUGCCGCAGCGUCACCCUCGAUCCCGUCGAUGCUGCAUGGUCUUCGUUGUCCGAAACUUGUACAUGUGUGGCGCCCACUGCCGACGUCGACAUGGGCGAGGCGACGCAGCCUUCUAACGCUGGCGAUUGAAUCCUCCUGCGACGACACCUGCGUCUCAAUCCUCUCCAAACGUUCCAUUUACUCCGAGCCGAAUUUCACAAAAGCGCAUCUACAUUUCAACGAAAAGAUCACGCUCCAUAAUACCGGAAAGGGUGGGAUAUGGCCACCAGAAGCUCUGAACAGCCACCAGUCGAAUCUUGCAAAACUGGUUGAAAGAUCACUAGCAUUCCUCCCAGAGGGGGACCAGGCUCUACCAGAGAGAAAAAGACUCUCGUUGCAGAAUGGAGGACUCAAAGAGAAGCCCGACUUUGUGUCUGUCACCCGCGGCCCUGGGAUGAACCAGAAUCUCGCAACUGGACUAAAUACUGCGAAAGGACUCGCUACGGCAUGGCAAAUACCACUGGUGGGAGUGCACCAUAUGCAAGCGCAUGCUUUGACACCAAGACUUGUCAACUCAAUGGAAGGAAGCGGUCACAACUCUGUGAAGCCUGACUUUCCAUUCUUGACGUUAUUAGUCAGUGGUGGGCAUACGAUGCUUCUGUACUCCAGAGGAUUGGUUGAGCACGAGGUUCUGGCUUCCACACGUGAUGUCGCGGUCGGAGACGAGCUAGACAAAUGCGGACGCAUUAUAUUGCCCCAAGACAUCCAGCAAGCCACACCUGAUACUGCUUUUGGAAAGUAUCUCUCAGCAUACGCUUUCAAGACUCCGGCAGAUUUCACCACCUGGGACGUGCCUCAAAACCGGCAGGAAGAGAUCCUCAGGUGUUUGAACAAGUUUGGCUGGAAUAUUAAGACCCCGAUGGCCAAAAAUAGGGAUCUGGCGUUCGCCUUUUCGGGCAUCGCGAGUCAGGUCAGUCGCAUCAUGCAUGAUCGUACUAGCAGUGAGGAUGGUGCUUCCAUGAGCGAAGAGGAGAGGAACUUUUUAGCCCGUGCUGCUCUAGGCACAGCAUUUGAGCAUUUGGGCUCACGAACCAUCAUCGCAUUGGAAAAGCUUCGAGAGCAGGGAGUCGAGAUAUCUACCCUCGUCGUGAGCGGCGGAGUCGCCGCAAAUGACUUCUUGCGCUAUUAUUUGCGUCAAAUGCUCCAUAUGCGAUCCUUCGGAAAUGUCAGCUUGGUCUUCCCAUCCGUCGAACUCUGCACGGAUAACGCUGCGAUGAUUGCCUGGGCAGGCAUGGAAAUGUUCGAAGCUGGGUACAGAACAGAUCUCGGAUGUGGCCCACUUAAAAAAUGGAGCAUGGAUCGUCACAGUGAGGACGGAGGCAUUUUGGGGGUUUCUGGUUGGCUUGGGACGGACGGCCAGUGUGUGUAACGGUCGAAAUGACCAUUUGGUACUCGUAGCAAAGACACUGUCAAGUCAUGAUGAUUAGACAUUGCCAGGGCUCCUUUUGAAGCGAGGCUACCGCCCCCUUGAAGCAAAGCUUCCCGCCGCUAUAUCAGAUGUGCCUGAGGCGAAGAAAUCCUCAUCCUCGAAGUCAAUGCGACUCCCCACAGAGACCGGACCAGCAUCAACCCCCUUUUGAGAAGAUCGAGCAUUAGUCCCUUCUCGCGGGUACUGGUGGGACAGUGUGGCAGAUUUUCCCUAGCAUUCGUCGCUCGUGUGAUCCUGGGAUCAGGUAAGCGAAAAAAAGGACAUUUUCGGCGACUCACGCAAGGUCCAGAGGUGGCCUCUCAGUUUGCAUCGGCGAAACAUACAUUUAGGAGUUCAUAUUCACGAGUCUCCUAAGCGCGGGCAUCUUUGUCCCGACUCUUCAAAUUAUGCCAGCUCUUCUCCACGGAUCCUACGACGUUGUUCAGCUGAUCAUGGAAGUCCGGAGAACCAGAGGCCGUGCGGACAGAUUCCGCCUGCAAUACCAGCAUUGCCAUCUCCGUUCGGUUCAUUCAUUGCGCAAAGCCGUCAAUGCAAAGGGAAAUGGCCAUUGAUUCUGGUGCUACCCUCGGCAGAAAGUUGGCCCCAAGGGGUUAUUCAUCAUUGAGCUACGUAUUAUUCUAAUGUUGGUGUUCGCUCAGCCACUCCACCAC